GUGGAGAAGACAGCAAUGGCGGAACUCGACGAGACCAAGCCUAGCUCCAACCAUGGCGGUGGUGGUGGUGGAGGAGGAGGACUUGUCUCUGUUAAUCCCAAACCUAACAAAGGCCUCUCUUCUAAGCUCGUCGACUGGUUCGAGAGCCUCGUCGUUAAGUUUAUGUACGACUCCACUCAGCCUCAGCACUAUCUCUCCGGUAACUUUGCUCCCGUGCACGAUGAAACCCCUCCGAUCAAGGACCUCCCUGUCAUCGGUUACCUUCCGGAGUGUUUAAACGGAGAGUUUGUUCGAGUUGGUCCUAAUCCCAAGUUUGCUCCGGUAGCUGGAUAUCACUGGUUUGAUGGAGAUGGUAUGAUUCAUGGUUUGCGCAUUAAGGAUGGAAAAGCAACAUAUGUCUCCCGCUAUGUUAGAACCUCACGUAUUAAACAAGAAGAAUACUUUGGAGGUUCCAAAUUCAUGAAGAUUGGAGACCUGAAAGGGUUUUUUGGAUUAUUCAUGGUCAACAUGCAAAUUCUGAGAGCAAAACUCAAAGUACUAGAUCUUUCAUAUGGAAACGGAACAGCUAAUACUGCUCUUAUAUAUCACCAUGGGAAACUUCUAGCACUGUCAGAGGCAGACAAACCUUAUGUCCUUAAAGUCUUGGAAGAUGGAGAUCUACAAACACUUGGUAUGCUGGAUUAUGACAAGCGAUUGGCACAUUCAUUCACAGCUCAUCCAAAGGUUGAUCCAUUUACAGGAGAAAUGUUUACAUUUGGUUAUGCGCAUACUCCUCCAUACAUCACUUACAGAGUUAUUUCCAAGGAUGGUUUCAUGCAUGAUCCAGUACCUAUAACAGUAUCAGAUCCCAUCAUGAUGCAUGACUUUGCCAUCACUGAGAAUUAUGCUAUUUUCAUGGAUCUUCCUUUGAUUUUCAAACCAAAGGAAAUGGUGAAGGAAAAAAAGCUGAUAUUCUCAUUUGACCCCACCAAAAAGGCUCGCUUUGGUGUGCUUCCACGGUAUGCAAAGGAUGAGCUUCUGAUCAAAUGGUUUGAGCUUCCAAAUUGCUUCAUAUUCCAUAAUGCAAAUGCAUGGGAGGAGGAAGAUGAAGUUGUUCUGAUCACUUGUCGUCUUGAGAACCCUGAUUUGGACAUGGUCAGCGGGACUGUCAAAGAAAAGCUGGAAAACUUCUCAAACGAGCUGUACGAAAUGAAAUUUAACAUGAAAACUGGCCUAGCAUCCCAGAAACAACUUUCAGCAUCAGCUGUAGAUUUUCCUAGAGUGAAUGAGAGCUACACUGGCAGAAAACAACGUUAUGUGUAUGGAACCAGACUAGACAGCAUUGCAAAAGUCACAGGGAUUGUGAAGUUUGAUCUGCAAGCUGAACCACAGAGUGGUAAAAAAUAUCUUGAGGUUGGUGGAAAUGUUCAAGGACUAUAUGACCUGGGACCGGGGCGAUUCGGUUCAGAGGCUAUAUUUGUCCCCAAGGUUCCUGGAGUCCACUCUGAAGAAGAUGAUGGGUACCUCAUAUUCUUUGUUCAUGAUGAGAAUACCAAAAAAUCAGUAGUACAUGUUAUUGAUGCAAAAACAAUGUCAUCAGAUCCUGUAGCAGUUGUUGAUUUGCCCCAUAGAGUUCCAUAUGGAUUCCAUGCUUUCUUUGUCACUGAGGAACAACUGCAAGAACAGGCAACACUCUAAAGUGCAAAGCUUUACUAAAGAAGAGGAGGCCAAACGUGUAAAUUAAGCUCUUUUACCAAGUUCAUCAAAAUAAUGCAUUUCUGUUUUUACAUAUUUCCUAGUAAUUACACCGUUUGUAACAGCUAUAAUUUCUGGAACAACUGAAUCUUAAUUUACAGCUCUCUCUCUCUCUCUUCUCUCA